AUGGUGUCUCUCUGGCCUUGGAAGGGUGAGGACAACUCCCCAGCGCACUUCGAGAAGACACUCGCCGCUCUUUCGACCAAGAUCAACGAUACAACCGCGCGUUUAGACACCCACCGCCAAAAUGCCCGUCGUUUCAAAGCUCUCUGGACACUCUACACCACCUUCGCAUACCUCUUCUACUCGAUCAUCUUAGCUCUCGUCCUUGGCUGGCAGAAUUGGGGGAUCGUUGAAUAUUCUGCUGUUUCUGGCGGGCCGGUUUUGAUCUACGUCGUUAGGACAUUGGCCAGCCGAUUCUUCGACUACCGCAUCUCCAAGACGCAACAACAUCUGGACGAUUUGAAUAAACAACGAGACGUUACCAUCGAGAAACUUAAAGCGGCCACCAAAUACAACUCGACCCAACAAUUGCUUGAGAAGUAUGGCGGGGAGUCCCCUAAACCGUCACCGUCAAAGGGCGACGACGAGAAGCGCAAGUUGUUGGAGGCCCAGCGUAAACCGUCGACAGCGCAACAACAACAACAACAACAACAACAACAACAACCACCGGUAGCACGCACAGGACUGGCUCCGCCGCCGACAGCCAAUAUUCGACGACCUGUAACUCCAGUACAAUCGCCUCCCAACCCAUCCCCACCGUCUCCGUACGGAGCGCAAAACCAGCCUCAACCCUUUCCUCAGACCCCUCCUCAACCUCCGCUACCACGACAACCCGUCGAUGAGCCUGGAUUUGCCCCGAAUGCCUUCCCGAGAUCCUCCCAAUAUAUCGAACAAUCCCACUGGUACGACCGGCUCUUGGAUGUCCUCUUAGGAGAAGACGAAACACAACCCAAGAACCGGGUAGCAUUGAUCUGCCGCGCAUGUCGACUCGUCAACGGCCAGGCACCACCCGGCGUCCGGACUCUGGAAGAACUAGGUCGCUGGCGAUGCGGAGGCUGCGGAACAUGGAACGGCGAGGAGAGCGAAGCGACAAAGGUUCUCGCGAACAUCCGCAACUCCCAAUUCAGCGCAGGAGAGUCCACUUGGGAACCCGUGGCUAAGACCGAUGCGGACAACCACUCGCCAGUUGGAGACGCUACUGAGGCGGUUAUGGUCGCUGCGAAUGACUCGAGCCCAGAAACACCUGCAGGGCCGGUGGAAGAGGAAGAUGAAGAGCCCCAGUCCACCAGGGUAACUCGUAGCAGGGCAAAGGGUGGGAAUAGGAAGGGAUGA